UGCACGCUGGGCUUCAUGCUGAGAGGAACCCAGCUCUCCACACAGGCAAAGCUCUACUUCUCUUUUCCUGGAGAGCUGCUGAUGAGGAUGUUGAAGAUGCUCAUUCUUCCUCUCAUCACGUCCAGUUUGAUGUCGGGUCUGUCGUCCAUGGAGUCCAAGGCCUGUUGUCGGAUGGGCGUGCUCACCGUCACCUACUACCUGUGGACCACCUUCAUCGCUGUGGUGGUCGGCAUCCUGCUCGUCAUCAUCAUCAAACCCGGCGUGGGAACGGACAUGGAGAGCCACCGGCUGGGGGGGGGGCCUGUCAUGACCUCGGCCGACGCCCUGAUCGACCUCAUCAGAAACAUGGUUCCAUCGAAUCUGAUUGAAGCCACAUUUCAGCAGUACAAAACAGAUCUGAUUCCCAUCCUCAAAGUCCAGACCAGAACCGUUCAGCCCAACUUCGUCUACCUCGUCCCUGAUGAGGACGACCCGAGAGGACGGACAGUGUACCUGGAGCUGACUCCGCCCCCAGAGAUCACGUACAAGACGAAGCCCGGCAGCAGCCAACAGAUGAACGUCCUGGGCAUCGUCAUCUUCUCUGCCACCAUGGGUCUGUUGCUGGGCAGGAUGGGAGAACGAGGGGCGCCACUGGUCAACGUCUGUCAGUGCAUCAACGAGUGCGUCAUGAAGAUCAUCAACGCGGCUGUUUGGUACUUUCCUUUUGGGAUCAUCUUCCUGGUGGCUGGGAAGAUCCUGGACAUGCAGGACCCGAGCACCCUGGGGAAGAAGCUGGGCUGGUAUGGCAUCACCGUCCUCGCAGGCCUUUUUGUCCACGGACUCGUCCUGCUUCCUCUCUUCUAUUUCCUCCUCACCAGGAAGAACCCGUUCACCUACAUCCGCGGGCUGCUGCAGGCGCUGGUGAUCGCCCUGGCCACCUCCUCCAGGUCAGAGUCCAGGACAGGCCUGAUUUAAUCUGACGCUCACAUUUGUCUUCUUGUCAGUUUCACUUGAAUGCCGUCCGUCCUCAGCUCUGCCACGCUGCCCAUCACCAUGAAGUGUCUGUUGGAGAACUGCCACGUCGACCGGCAGAUCGCUCGCUUCGUCCUGCCCGUCGGAGCCACCAUCAACAUGGACGGCACGGCGCUGUACGAGGCGGUGGCGGCCAUCUUCAUCGCUCAGGUGAACGACUACGAGCUGGACCUCGGUCAGCUGGUCACCAUCAGCAUCACGGCCACGGCCGCCAGCAUCGGUGCCGCCGGGAUUCCCCAGGCUGGACUGGUUACCAUGGUGAUCGUACUGACAUCUGUGGGGCUGCCCCCUGAUGACAUCACCCUCAUCGUGGCCAUUGAUUGGAUCCUGGACAGAUUCCGGACCAUGAUCAAUGUCCUCGGGGACGCCCUCGCUGCAGGAAUCAUCGCCCACCUCUGUCGGAAGGAUUUCCCUCUCAGUGAAACUGGAAAGUCUGUGCCGUCCUACGGAACCCAGACUCCUCACAACUCCCACAGUGUCAACAUGCCAAUGACCGAGAUCCACACACACAAAGACUGUAUGUUCGAGGCGCUGGGCGACUCAGCAGCUGAGGGACACGCCCACACCGUCUACUACAACAUCUGUCAGGUUUGA